AUGAAGGUUUUGGAGUGUGGAUUUUAUUGGCCUACUAUCUUCAAGGAUGCAAACUUGUUUUGUAUUUCUUGUGAUAGAUGUCAGAGGACCGAAAAGAUUGGUCUGAGGGAUCAGAUGCCCCUUUAUCCUAUUAUCACUGUUGAAAUUUUUGAUGUUUGGGGUAUUGAUUUUAUGGGUCUGUUUCCUUCAUCUAGAGGUUUCUUGUAUAUCUUAUUGGUUGUUGAUUAUAUGUCAAAGUUUGGAGUUCCACGUGUUCUGAUUAGCGAUGCAAGUUCUCAUUUCUACAACCGGACAAUAGAGGCAUUGCUCAAGAAGUAUGGAGUGACCCAUAAAGUAUUGACACCUUGCCACCCUCAGACCAAUGGAAUGGAAGGUCCGACAAGGAAUGAUUGGAGUGAUCGCUUAGAUGAUGCAUUGUGGGCCUACAUGACAGCUUACAAGACGCCAAUUGGAAUGUCACCCUUCAGAUUGACUUAUGGGAAGCAGAAUGAGCUUGAGGAGAUUAGAAAUGAGGCUUACGACGCUUCAUGGAUGUACAAGGAGAAAACCCGAGCAUACCAUGACAAAAUGGUAAAAGGAAAGAAGUUUCAAGUGGGCCAUAAAAUUUUGUUAUUCCAUUCGAGGCUUAUGUUAUUUCCAGGGAAACUUCGUUCACGUUGGGUUGGUCCAUCUGUUGUUACUAAUGUGUUUACUCAUGGUGCAGUUGAGAUACAAAGUGAUAAAACACGGAAGACAUUCAAAGUGAAUGGGCAUCGACUUAAGCCCUACUAUGAAUCUUUAGAGGAGCGCACGUAUGAGGAAACAAGUUUGAGAGAUGCGCCAAAAGGCGAGUGA